UGAAUGGAAGGGCCAAUCGGGAAGCCGCAUGGGACGAGGCACAAUGGAACCAACGUCCCUGCGCGGGACAUCCAUCCCUCUCCUUCCUCCCUUGAACGCGUCGCCGACACGCAGGCGUAGCAACCCCGCGAAACGGAGCAGGCGAAUCAAUCGGUCAGCAAGCCAUCGACGGGCGAUCAGAGUACAUUAUCCCAAGAAACCGUGGCCAUUUUUAUUCUUCGAGUCAAACGGCCACGUCCCUUUCAGUUCCAGAGUUCCCUCCCUCCUGCUCCAUAAAGAUUUGAUCUUUUAUCGCAAUCGCUCCCGGCGACGACGGCUUCUGCGUGCGUACGUUCUCCUUGAUUGAUUCCAGCCGUAUAUCUACAGGGCAAGUUCAACGCCGGCUCACCUCGCCAGCCACAGGCCCACGGACGCGCGCGUGGCUUCUCUCCUCCGGCCGGUGCCUUCGAUCUCUUGCCGCGUCCAGGAGUCGGCGGCGUGCAUGGCGGGGCUGCAGCGGUCGAGCGAGACGUUCCGGCGAUCGGGCUCGUCGGGGAUGGUGUGGGACGACAAGAACUUCUCCGGAGAGAUCAAGCCGGCGGCCGCGGACGGCGCCGUGGAGCGCAGCCGGUCGACCGGGCACGAGCACGGCGGGUACAGGGCGGCCGGGCGCGUGCCGCCAGCGCUCGACCCGCCGUCGCCGCGCGUCACCGUGUGCGGCUUCUGCAGGCUCUUCGGCGGCGGCGGCAAAGGAAAGGACGGCGGCAAGGCGAAGGCUAAGGGGAGGCGCCACUGAUCUGUACACUCUGUACCGGCAUCGAUCGGAACACACUCCAAAUUUGGUAGUUUCUGUUAAGUUUAUUUCUUCCUUUUGUGGGGUGUCUUUCUCAUGUCCAGGUAGUGAUAUAGCAGAAAGAAUCAUAAUUGAGAUGAAGUGAAUAGUAGGUGUCAGACUGUCGGUGCUCUCGUGAAUUUGAUUGUGCAGCGUGCUCUCUGUUCUUCAUUUCGUGAGAAACUAAAGCUUUGGAACACAAAAUUUUACACGAAACAGUUCAAUUUCUAUCAGAAUUUGGAAAAAGUUCCAUGUUCUGACGGUGGCCUGUAUUCUGUCAGUGGUUAGUUACUGUGAAGAACUUUUGCCUUGUAGCAACACUGAAUUGCUCUAGUUAUGACUUAUGAGCUUGUGACAA